AUGAAUCGUUUGCUGAUUUUUUCGACGUUAUUGCUGAAUUCAUUCACUCUCCAAAAGGUGAACUCUCAAAAGAACAGUGAAUUUAACGAAGAAAUAUUGACUAAAUUCACCGAAGGCCAAGUGGAAUUUGACGAACUCGACAAGCAUGGUGGUUUACAUCAAGAACUGGUAUUGCUGAUAGGAAGCUCUAAAGCCAAGGAGGACUUUUUUAGCGAUCACUCCUCUGAAAUCGUCGAUUUAACCAGCAAUGUAACGAUUCUGCCUCACUUGAUGCUGAAUACCCGAACAAAAACUGAGUUUUUAGACUUUUCCAAUUUGAACGAGGAUAUCAAAUCAGCUGGAUACAUUCCAAGGAUUUAUUUCACCAAAAAGAUCGUUAACUUAGUAAGUACCGUAAAGCUGCUCCUUCUCAUAGAUUUUCCCUCUUUCGAUAAGCAGAUAGACGCUCUCUUCCAAAAAGCUGCAGAAUCCAUCAAGGACGUGGAAACAUUUCUUGGCAGCAUCGGUCUGAUCGUAACGGAAGUUCAGAACGAGCAGCAAAUUGAAAAAGUGAGAAACCAUUUGAAAAACCUGGCCAACUCACUCACGGGAUCGAACGAAACUGUCUCGAUUAUCAAAGCGUUACGCAUUGAAUACAAGGGAAACGACGAUUUUAAUAGAUUGGGAUUCGUUGGAAAUUCAAAAGGUAGCUCGUUCGAGAGUCAUAAAAUUAAAGAUCUGGAACGCGUGAUCUACGAAUCGAUAGACUUUACGAGACACAAUAGCAGUAAUUUUAUCUACACGCCGUGCCAAACCACUUGCGUCAGUCUCAUCGACCUCCUGAGCCAAAAUUUGACCAAAGGAGUCCGUCAAAUCGGUCAAGAGAUAAUCAACUUUUACGUAAAAGUCGAAGAAAACUUGCGGGACUUCGAAGAAUCAUCUUUGUACUUCUCGCACGUAAAUGAAAGUUUCUUCAAGUUUUUCAAGAAUGAAACACUAUCGACGAAAUGGAAAAAGAAUCCUGGACAAUUGAUUGAGCAAAUCGUCGAGUACUCGAAAGCUGCAACUGUCGAAUUGUUCAGUGAAAAUCUUCAGUUAUACGCUAACAUUGCCAAAUACUUAGUUUUUCUGCGAGGAUCUGAUGUUUCAAAGGAAACUUACGAUUCGCUUGGCGAUCAAUUAAUUCCUACCACCGAGUACUUGGAAUCAACUGUCCAAGAUAUAAGUCCAUACCAAAAAGUAACGUUGCAACUGCUCGAAGUUAUUGAAAAAGUCAAGCGUGAAAAUAAUUAUCUCCGAGACAUUACCGAGAGUUUGAAAAACUUAUUGAACUCAAUACCGAAACCAAAUGCCACUCAAGUUCUUGAUGGCUUGAAAUUGAUUGAUUUGGAAGAACCGAAAUUAGAAGCAUUAAAAAAAUUAUUGUCUGCGGCGUUGCAGCACCAAGGCGUAAGCAGCAAGUGCAAUGACGAAUUCAAAAAAUUAACAAUCCACGGAUCGUACGUCAAAUUAAGUGACGUAUCCAAAUUCAACUGUACUGAUACAAAUUUCAUCGAAGUCUUCGCUUUGCAUAAAGUAUUUUUUGAUGAAGAUUUGGACCAAACUGGUAAAAAAGUGCAUUUGGCAAUUAUAUCCCCAUAUUGGGAUGUAAUUGGUCAUCGAAUAAUCAAACUCGACGGUGGACCUGGCAAACUUCACAAGCCACUUCAGGCUAGACACUCCGUAGGGCCUGGAAAUGUAGGAGAGGAUGGCAAGCCAGGACUCCCCGGCGGAUCAGCCGGUAGUUUUCUGGGUAUCGGUAGAUUUUUUACGAACCCUGGAAAUCUCCAUAUAUCCGCCAACGGUGGAAAGGGCGGCAUUGGACAAUACGGAGGUGAUGGCACAGAAGAGGAUAAUGGUGGGAACGGUGGAGCUCCAGGACUAGGUGGACUCUCGGGUAAAGUAACAAUCAUUGGAUUGGAAAAAUCAAAUCCAAACAUAAGUGUAAGCUCUCAAGAAGGCUCGAUCGGUAAAAUUGGCAUCGCUGGUUCUGGUAAAAAUCGAGCAAUAAAUGGAUACAAUAAAAAAGGAAUAAAAUCGCCCGAGAUGCUGCAGCCACCACCCUUUGAUCGAGCUGUCAACAGCUAUCAAUCUUAUCUCAGAGAAAACCAGAUUGAAAAUGUACGAGAAUUUCUUUUGAAAAUGUUCUCUAGGCUUUUAGCUGACACCGAAGCCGUCAUCGAUUUGUACGACAUCGCAGGAUUAAUAAAUGAAUUCCGAGAACUGGAACAUCAAUUUUUCAAGUUGAGUCCCAAGAUGUCUCUAUUGCCAGAUUAUCAAUCUUUGCUAGAUCAUAUUACAAAGCAUGCCAAAAAACUUAAGGGCUCUGAGCAGCUGUCCCAAGAUAAUAGCAACGUGCUUCGGUACCUGUACACUGCUGCUUUGAGUAAAAUCAUCAAUUUAAAAAAUAAUAUCAACAAUAAUUUGGUUGUUGAUUUGAAAACAUUUUUGGAAACAAUCCAGACGGAACUUGCAGCAGUACAAAAAAAUAAAAAAGAACACUUUAUACAUGGAUAUAAAAAAGAUUAUGUUCGAGAAUUGGAGAGAAAAAUUGAAGCAGCUAAGCGUUACGUGAACGAUAUAGUUUCCCCGGAAAUUAACAGAGCUAUUAAAGAAUUGGAUAAAAAAGUACUCAAAUUUGUCGAUGAAGUUGUUAAGCUACAGAAUGCUGCGCAAGAGGAAAAAAAGGAAUUAAUUGAGAAACGAGAAAGUUUGAAAAGUUCAUUGAUUUUGAGCGCAGUAUUUAACGGAUUAAAAGUGGCGAGCUUAUUUUUGAAUUUUUUGGGUCCAGUUGGAACAGCACUGGGCACAGUCGCGGGCGGAGCCGCUUCUCUGGCCGCAUCUUUGUCCGUCGAUUCUUCAAACGUUGAUAAAGAAACCUUACUCAAAUUACCCAAUGCGGUUAAGGAAUCUCUAUCGCCUCUGAAAGACCGCGUUAAAGAGCAGAAAGAAAUACUCAAAGAAAAACUGAAUGAUGCUGAAAAGUUGCUCGUAAAAGACCGGUCGAUACAUGAUACAUCAGCAAUCAAAAAAAUUAAAGAUGAAAUUAAAAAAUCGAAUGAAGAAUUAACGAAAGAAAUAAACGAAGGCACAUAUGAUACAGUUUCCGCCAAAAAAAUUAAUACUUUGAAAGAUAACAUUAAAUUAUUAUCCUCGGAAAGAAGUAAAGCGAAGUCCUCAGAAAUUGAAAAAAUUGAUGAUCAAAUUAAAGAUGCAAGAAAAGAGUUAAUAGAGCUUGAACAGACAAAAGACAAAACAUACAAUGUGGAUACAAUAAAUGAGACUAAAAAAAAAAUUGAAGAUUUAUGCUUGAAAAAGGUAAAAGCAUUACAGGAUAAAAAGACACUAGCCGAUGACAAGACAUCGAAACAAUUAAAAGUAAUCGAACGCGUUCAGAAUACAUUGAGCAUUGUUGAAACGUCAAUAGACGCAUACAAAAAUUAUAGAGACCAGCAGGAAAAGAUCGAUGAAAUCGGUAACCUCAUUCGCAGCGCCGAGGAAAAAUUCAAAGAUCUGAAGGAAUUUGAGCGCGAUAUCUACAAAAACGUCGUUCCCGUUUGCAGACAAAUCGAAGACAAUGUCAAUGAGAUGCAAGAGCAGCUGAAGGGACAAUCCUCGGCAGCUCUCACCAUCAGCAAGUGGAAGAUCCAGAGCAUCUUGAGAUCCGUCAUGAAGGAUAUCAAAACAGCGACCAAUGGUUACCAAGUGCAGAGCGAAUUUUUGGACAUUUUCAAUAAGCUCGAAGAAGGUAUGAAUGUCAUGAUCGAAUUAUACAAUAUCAUGGACGAGUAUCACGAUAAGGCCGAGCUCGGCAAGCUCAUAGCCAACAUCAAUACCAAUCCUUCCAAAGUAGACGUGACGAACAACUCCGAUCUGAGCGCGGCAGUCAAUGACUUAAUGCUUGUGAUCCAAAACAAUGUCAUUAUGCACGAUUAUAAAGUAGCCACUAAUGCCAUUCAACGUAACAUCUUCCCAUUCGCUGAGGACGUUUUCGGGCCUUAUUAUUUACCAGAGAUUUUGAAGACUAAUGACACCAAUGAGAUUGUGAACAGAGUUUCCAAUGAACUUGAAAACUUGGAAAAUAAUCGGUUGCAAUCGGAAUCUAUAAUCCAAAAGAGGGAUGCUUACAUUUAUAAAAAUAUUGUUUUCAAUAGUAGAAAAGGAACGUUGAAGCCAUUCUACACGUGGAAAUACAACGAGCAUAAAAGUAAUAUAGAGAAGCUGCUGAAUGGACAGGAAGUAGUGCUUAAAGCCGAUAUAAAGCACGGCUUCAAAGGCAAUGCGGUAAAAUUCAAUAAAAUUGGUAUUAAUUUUGAAUCUCCUAACAAAACAAUCGAAAGCAAAUUACACCAACAGUUGCAAGGCUUCAGAGUGACUCAGAUCCAUUUGGGUCACUCAUUUUACAGAUGCAAAGACAGAAUAUACAUGAUUCCGAGUGAAAACCAGACUAUCCGGUACUCGAUGACGCAAGAUGACGGAAGCAACGACCCAGCUAUUACCAAUGAAGUUUACAAUAAAAUAGCGAAAUAUGAAGCUGUCCUCAGUCCAUAUGCAACUUGGAAAAUACAAUUGAAUCACGACGAGGAUGAUUUUGAUGACCUAUCGAAGUACGCGAACGAAAUGAUCGAUUUGGUGCUCGAGGGUACAGGACAGUACCUCGACUUGAACAUGCCAGGGGUGUGUAACGAUCAGCUCGAUCAAUACUACAUACGGUCUGACAAUCAAACGGAGGCCAUUGAAAUCUACGAAAAAACUCCGGAGCUUAAUUUAAAAAGUGUGCAAGGAGUAAUCAAUGAUUUAUGGAGGAGCACUGCAAAUUUGUCAGCGAUUGUCAACGAAGCGGACUUGGAGGUAGUGGAAAUUAGCGAACCAAAAAUUGAAGAAGAAGUUAUUGAGCAUAAAGCUAAUCAAGAAUUCGAAAAUGACUCUAAAAAUAAUUAUAAACCAGAGCUUUAUGAGAAGUUGUUCGAAUAUUGCAAAAAUAUUGAUUUCUCGUCGCGCUUUUUGUGCGGAAACAUUAAACCUCUUAACCAUUACCAAAAAGAACAAGAAAAAAUUUGA